AUGUCUUGUAAUAGCAAUUCCCAAGGUGACGUAAUCAUUUUUGAUAAUAGGCAAAAUGUGGAGGAAUUAUACACAUACAUGAAUGUUGAUGAAUUACUUUCGACAGCAGAAUGUCAUAACUGCAAAUCUUGGAAAUGUCGCACUGUUGGAAUUUUAAAAAGCGUCAAUGGUCAUUUUUAUUUAAACGAUAUAUAUGAAGAGUCAAAUCUACAGGCACCAAAACUCCUAGUAUCAAUGUUGUAUCAAGAUGACAUACCAAAUAGUAUAUUACCGAUGACUGUUCAGCUUUUUGGUAUAAUGCAGUGGAUAGAAAAACCAGUUUUAUUCGUUGAAAUAAUACAUGUAAUAAAUCCAAGAAUGGCUGUUAACAUACAAAAUUCACUUAGUUCUAUAAUAAAUUAUCAUACAAACAACAAACCUCAUUGA